UUGAAAUAUGCUGCAGUUCGCGUCAGAGUUGAGCUACUUGGAUCGCCACCUCACCUAUGCUAAAGAACGAAUCUUCUCCUUUCCGAACGCAGGCCAAGUCGUUAUUGUGCAGGACAUCUCGGACGUCGGAGGAACGGUUUGGGACGCCAGCAUUGUCUUGAGCCACCACUUGGAUAGCUUAGGAAGCGCGUACGUGUGACGCCUUGAUCGAGGACACUUUGUUCGAUGAUGCAUGUUUAGCGUGCUGCAAGGCAAGUCUCUUAUUGAGCUUGGUGCUGGCACGGCCUUACCAAGUAUCGUAGCGUCACGAUUGGGUAUGCAUACGGUGGCCACAGACAUGAUCCACGUGCUACCAUACUCGGAAGCUGCUAUCCGCUCCAACUGCGACGACCUCGUUCAAACGGGGGCCAUCCGAUGGCAAGAGUUGCUUUGGGGUGCGGCUGGUGUUGGCCUGAGUGCGCUCAAGACGGCUUCCAAGCAGCACGACUACAUUGUCGGGGCUGACAUCGUGUACAAUGUCGAAUUCUUCGACGAUCUCCUUGAGACGUUGUUGGAACUGUGCCCCGCCUGUGACAAGGAUCAACCGACGGUGCUUGUGUGCUUUGAACAACGGCGGCGGGACCUCACGUCGCUUUGGGCAACGAUGGAAUUGCAUUUCCACGUCGAAUUGGUGACCUCGUCCAUGCUGGAUGCAUGUAGACGGGACGUGAAUGUGUUUUUGUAUCAAUUGCAUCGAAAAUCACGCGAUAAUACGGGUCGAUAAGUGCGAAAAAUGAAGUUUAUUCGACCAAA